AUGGAUGACACGUCGGGAAGUGCGACACUUCCAGCGGAGCGGCUGCUCUCCACGCCGCUUGACAACCUUCUGGCGGCCUCUUUCGUGGCCGCUUUCCCCUCGGUUUCUUCUUCUUUUUCGGCUGCGGCCGAGUCGGGAGCCACGCCGUCGAGCAGCGGUGGCGUGUCUAGAAGCGAAGGUGGUGGCGGGGAGAAUGGUGGCGGGGAGAAUGGUGGCGGCGAUGAGGAUGAUGGUGGUGACGUUGUGCCCAUUGGGGCUCUGGCGUCACAGGUGGCGACCGAGUCUGCGCAUGGCUACCUGGCGUGUGGGCUUGGGGCCGGACUCGAGUCGAGCGACCACGCGGUGCAGGCGCGGCUGGCGGUGCUCUCGCGCGAGCUGACGGCGCUGGCGGACGGGUCGCACUCGCUGCGGUCGUCGUACGAGGUACUGGCGUCGAAGCGGGCGGCGGUGCUUGCUGCGCUGUAUCGCGCAUACCGCUCGGAGGCCAAGUCGCGGAACAGCAAGUCGUACCAGUCGCUGGCGGUGGCGAGCCGCGGAAGGGCAGCGACGAUGCUCGCGCGCGACGCGCUUGACGUCGGGGUGCGGCUGCUUUUGGGCCUGCUGCGGCAGGCGGCUCCAGGCGCGCCCGAGCUCUGCGCCGACGCGCUUGCCCUGCUCAAGACAAAGCUGGCGAGCGUGCCGGCGGCGGCGUACGGCGAUAAGCUGUUCGAGGGCUCGGACGUGGCGCUCGACGCACUGGCGCAGGCCGCCGUCGAAAUGGUGACGAGCAUGCCGACACCGCAGCUGGCGUUGGACGCUCUGGAGACGCUGGUGGCACUCGCGGUUGCGCGCGGCUCGCUCACCUCGAUGCUGGACGCGCUGCAGGCGCUCAUUGACCCACCGGCGGGGCUUGGUGGCGCCGACCUGGCGCUGGCAGUCACACCGUCGCUCCGCAAGCUCGCGGCGCGGGUGCGGCCAAUCUCGUUUGAGUUUCCGGGCAAGGGCGUCUCGCCAAUGGCAGUUUCGCCAGGCGUUGCACCGGCGGCGGCGGCGGCGCAAAACAUCGGCCCGUGGCUCGCGGUCACGCCCGGCAGCGAGUCGGUUGUUGUGGCUUCGGGCGCAGUGCUUACCGGCUGUGCGCUGACGGCAUCGAUGGGCAAGGUCGAUGCCGGCGAGUCAGUCACUGUUGGCGUUGGUAGCAACGGCGGCGACAGCGACAGCGACGGCAACAGCAGCGCUCGACUCUCGCUCGCAGCGAUGGAUGGCCGGCUGCUCGCGGCGUCGACCGCCCACGGCCCGCGAACCUUUGUCGAGCUUGACCCGGUUUCUCUCGCGGUUGUGGGCGAGCUGGUGGUGCCAGCCAGUGGCGAGGACGAGGAGAAGGGCACCGACGAGGCGGAUGGCCCCAAGCCGGAUGUUCUUCUCGUGUCGGAUGGUACGCUCGGGACAGUUGUGACGACGUUGCCAGCGGGCGAGUCGAGUGACGAAGUCAUGCUUCAUGUGUCAGACCUCGACGUCCGACCGACCGACGGCCCGACGCUCGAGCCAGCGUUUGAUGGCGAGCCGCUGGCCAUCAAGCUGGCGGCAGGCGAGCUGCCGUCCAAAGUGCUUCAGCUCGGCAAGCCGAGCGAGAGCAGUGGAUUCGGCAGCGCUAGCGGCGGGUUUGGCGGCGGCGGAUUUGGCGGUGGCGGAUUUGGCGGCGGCGGGUUUGGUGGCGGCGGCGGGUUUGGCGGCGGCGGCGGAUUUGGCGGUGGCGGGUUUGGCAGCGGUGGCGGGUUUGAUGGCGGCGGCAGAAGCACCAACAGUCUCGUAUCGACCGGCUCGAUCACACUUGCGACUGGCAAGCCAGGCUCAACGCUUGACAUCGGACAGGAGAUGACGCUGGAGGCCGACAUCGAUAUCACGGGAUGCACUGGCGCUGUCAUGCUGUUUUCUGCGGUCGAUCCAGAGACUUCAGAUCUUGCGCUAGCGGUGAUGAUCGACAGCUCGUCGCAGAUCACGGUGGCAUACAAGCCAGCGUCGAACUCGGUGGGAGGCCCAACGCAGGGGUCUAUUUCCCACGAGUCAAUCUGGAUGCAGGCCGACAAGCCAGGUUGGAUCCACAUCUCGAUUUCGAUCGGGCCAAGCCUCUUUGUAGCGAUGCUCAACCAGAACAUGGGCCAGCGAUGGAUUUCGCCCAUCGCCCUCUCGCCAGGGCUCAAGUGGGCGUUUGGCGCGCCGAUGCAGGGUGCAAACGGCUUCUGUGGCGCAGUCCGCGCGCUGCGGAUCUGGUCUGUGGCGAUGCCAGCGGCGCGGCUGCGGAUGCUCGGACAGGAAGAAACGACUGGCAAGGAGGCAGACCUUGUCGGAUACUGGCCGCUUGAUGAGGGCAUUGGAAACCGGGCGCUCAACCUUGCGGCAGAGGCUGGGACGCACAUGGCUAUUGUCCACAACGGCGAGUGGCUGGAUUCCAAGAUUCCGCGGGUGGCCGCCGUGCCGCGGGCGUCGACCCGGACGCUGCCGCUCAUCCUACCAAGGACCGCGAUGUCAUCGAUCGGGCUGGCAAGCAACGGCGAGUCGCUGCUGGUCAUCUACCCGCGUGAGGUGGCGUACGAAGCUUUUCGGCACUCGGGCUCUGCCAUGGUGGAUGUCUACUCGCUCAAGGACGGAAGUCUAUGCGACCGCCAGACACUCGACGCCGAGAUCGGCGACGUCAACGCAGCAACGUUUUCAGCUGACGGCAAGUUGCUUUUCACGUACACAAGCGAGUCGCGGACGGUGACCUCGUUCUCAGUGGCUGGGCCAAAGUCGACCCGGGCGAUGCGGCUCGACGUAGCGUCGGCGGUUGCACGCGGCGACGCCGUCGCAGCGGGGAUGGACGAGGUCGAUGUCUCGGACGCGACCGCUGUCGUGGCGAGCUUUCCGCUGCCAGCGUACUCAAACGAAGACCUGGAGAUUGCGGCGUCGGAUGUACUUGACAGCCUGGCGACUGUUCCGCAGGAUCAUGUGGCAGUCCAUCUGCUCGGCCAGCUUGCGGCCGAGCUGGGGUGGCUCCCGGAGAGCCCCGACCUGAUUGCACCGGCCAACUUUCGCAUCGAUUCAGUGGUCGAGCUCUCGGGCAAGACCUUCCGCCAGCUGCUGAGCUUGCUCGAGCACCUCGCGGAGCAGUACCACGACAGCGCCGAGGCGUCUCGCGGCAACAUGUUUGCGCUUCUCACGCUCAUGCGGGUGCUGCGGGCCAACCUCGCGCACCUUGUGGCGUGGAACGUUUCGCCGGAAGACUGUGGUUUUGUUUCGGACGUGCCGCCCGCGGCCAAGGCGGCAGCGGCAGCGGCCGAGGGCAAGCUCUCGUUUGCGGCGCGGACGCUGCCGGUCUCAGCCGACGAGGCAGCGAGUGCAACGGACAUGCGGGCGCGGUACAUUGCUCUGCUCAACGGCUUUGUGGCGUCACCAGCGGGCAAUCCGGUGGCGAGCUUGGUCUCGAAGCCGCUCCUCACCGAGGUCUGUGAUGCGCUCUCGAUUGGCCUGCCGCUGUUCUGUGUCGAGCCGGAAGAGCGCGUCGCUGAGCUGCAGUCGCUUGUGGCCGAGGUGCUCGCGGCCGGGGCGGACGCGGAUCCGCUCCGGGUCCUGCUACUUGAGCGAUACUUUGUGACGCUUGCCAAGCCAGCGUCACUCCUAGCACUUGUGCCAACGCUCAUCAGCGGUGAAUCUGGCUCGGGAAGCAAGCUCCUCGCAGCUGUGGUCACGCUUGUGGUUCAGGAUACUGAGGCGCGGCUUCUGUCGCUGUCGGCAGCGGCGCGGCGAGACGAGCUCGACCGGACCCAGCUAGAGGCGCAUUCGAGCCCACAUGCGAGCAUGGUUGCUGCCGGCCUUCCCUUCCUCACUAACUUGCAAAUGGCACUGCUUGCGGCGGCGGCGAGCGAGGCCCACGCCGAGGAUCGGCCAACCACACAGUUUGUGCUUGACUAUGUCGAGCAACUGUGCGGGUCAGCCGGCGAGCUGCUCACGUUUACGCUCGAACAAGCGCUUGGCGCGGCAGGUGCCUUUGCGCCAGGCAGCAAGACCGAGCUCAAGCUUGCAGUGUGGACGGUGCUGGAGACGUCGAUUGGAACUGUUCUUCUCCCGCUGUUUGCUGGGCUCUGGAACGCUUCGCUUGAGCUGGAAGCUGCUGGCAAGCUUCUCCCACCAGUUGUUGCGCUGCUUCAGGCUGUCGAUGCGCUGACGAAGGACUUGCCGGACGUGGUUGUGGCGGAGCAUGACAACAACGCAGGCAAUGUGAGCGUGUCAGCCGAGGAAAAGAGUGCGCGGGUUGCGUACCCGGCCGCGGCCGGGGUGGCGAUCCCGACCGGACGGAGCGAGCACGUACUGAACAUUCCAGAUGCGACGUCGAUGCGGAUCAGCAUCGACCGGCUGGAUCCGAAUGGCACGCUCUCGAUCUACCUGGCACCCAACCAGGAGUCACCUGUGGACGAGUCGCUCCGUGCCGGAGGCACAGUUGCUGUGCAGUCGUCGACGGUGUACCUGGUGUACGACUCGGGGUACUCGGGCAUCACCGGCUUUGCGGUGACAGCUCGGGCAACGAUCCACGAGCGGCAGGACAUGCUACCGUGGCUGCUUGAUUUGGAGAAGGCGAUUGCCACGUUUGCGGCGCAGUGCGCGGCGCUUGUUACAUCCGGCGUGCCGAGCUCGGAGGCCGAGGUCGAAGUCGGGCGCACGCUGCUUUCGUCAGACUUGCUGGCUGGCGGCGAGAUGGUUCCAGACGCGUCACCGGAUGGCGAGCUGGAGCAGCUCGAGUGGUUCCCGACCGAGUUAUUUGCGAACGGCAAGAGCCUGCGGGCGCUACUGGCACCGGCGGCGAGCUCGACACUCGGCGCGCGGUCAAAGCAGGAGGAGGCGUUGGUGAGCGGCCUGCUGAGCGAGAAGCCCGACGCCGAGACGAGCGCCGUGCUUGCGGCGCUGGACGCAUCGGUGACGAUUCCGCCGUUUCCGGUUCCUGCUGCUGUACGGGAUGUGGUGGCUCUCGCGGUGCGAGCUGUAUUUGCUGCCGCCGUCCACCACGCUGGUGCCAUGGAGGAGAUUCUGGACGUUGUCGAGGAGCUGGCUGGCGGCAAGGCCGAUGUGGAGAUUCCUUCGACAGUGACUUGGCUCUAUGUGAGGGCACACCGACUCCGGCGAUGGCUCCUGGACCAGUUCCAGCUGGAGCAGUCCAAGCUGGCACAGCCCGAGGCCGAAGUGUCGGAUGAGUCUGACGACGGCGCUGACAUAGGCGGCGAUGCCGCUGAAGCCGAGAGCCAGGAUGGCGGCGAGACCAGAGCUAAGGGCAAUGCCGAAGCCGGCGGCAGCAACAAGGGCGAGGCGGCUCUGCCAUCGCCAUUUUCCUCCCGCGAAACCGGGUAUGCGGAGCUGUGCUCGAGAGUUAUGGCGCGGUCAAAGUUCCUACUCUCACUCUACUCUGCCGUCGACAUUCUGCCGGACCUUGACGCGCCGUCGAUGGGCGAGGCGCUUCUGGUGCGACAGCAGUCGCGCGAGGACGCGGUGCGAGAGGGUGUGUCGGAGGCACAGCGCGAGGCGCGGUCUACGCUGCUGGCGUGGAAGUCUGUGCAGGGAGAGGCGACGCUGCGGACGGCUGCGCCCGAGGAGCGGUCGGCGAUUCUGUGGCGACUCAUUCUCGGCUUUAUGUCGACCGAGGUUGAGCUGGAUAAGGUGCGUGCGGCGCUUGCGGCUCGGCGACACCGGGCACGGCUGCGCAAGCUGGGGCUUGACGCGUUUUCGCGGCUGCUCGACGCUGUGAGCCUCGCAAGCGUCAAGCGCGAGGUGGUGCGGUGCAUUGUGCCCGCGCUCUCGCGGCGGAAGGCCGACGCGCGACUGGGGCUUGCCCCGGAUGUGAUGGGCAUGGUAACGCCUACGGGCGUGGAUCUCGGCGAGGCUGUUGCAAGCGCGUUUGCAGGUCUUUACUCCAAGCUAGUGACGAUGCUGGAGGCGCCGACGGUGUCGGGCGCGGAUCUGCUGGCCGAGACGCUGCGGACGUUCAACGUGGCCUUUGACGCCGACGUGUACCGGCGACUUAUCUCAUCGGGCGUGCUAACGUCGCUGCACACGCUGCUCGAGGCGACGGCGACUGCUGACGGGGGCGAGGACGGUGGCGAGUCGUACCAGAUGGCGUCAUGGGCGCUGCUUGAUGUCAUCAUCACGACCAUCAUUCAGCACUCGAACGAGCUCGGAGCACUGUUUGCGGACGCCAACGUCAUGGUGCCGCUGCUUGGGAUUCUCUCGUCGCAGCUGAACAAGGCAGCAAGCGCGGCAGUCGAGUCCACCAAGAGCUUUGACGACUUUACACCGCUGCUGGUGACGGCAAAGGGCCUGCCAAAUGCUGCGGAUGGAGUGCAGGCCGAGGGUAAGUCCAUGGUCGCUUCGCGCGACAUGGAUGAGGGUAAGCGGCUCCGCAGUGUGCUCUCAUACCAGACGGACGCCAGUUUUGACGAUGCAGUGCAGGUCAAGUUGCUCGGGUUGCUGUAUUCGAUGGUCCACUGGCCUGUGGCGCGGAGCCGUCUGCAUUCUGACCAGCUCCUCACCUCGCUGUUCACGAUGCUCAAGGCCGGAAGCGGGCGAAUGCGGUUUGUGGUGACGCGGACGCUGCGGCACCUGCUUGCGGCCGAGAGUGCGCCGGAUGCCAAGCUGGUUGACGCGGCGGCUGUGCGCGCAGAACGCGAGCUUGCUGCCGACUCGUGCUCACAGAGCUUGGGCGAGUACCUGCUGGUGUCGAUUGGGCAGGCGCUGAGUGCACCGGCGCUAGUGGCGGCCAAUCGGAAGAGUGGGGCGUUUUCGCGUGUCGGUGGCGUGCCGCUGCGGACGCUGCACUCUGCCGAGUCGCUGCAUUCGUGGUCGGAGGGAGUGUACCUCGUGCGGCAUCUUGUGAAGCGGGCGCCGCGGAUCGGGAGCCGGAUUGCAGGUGAGGUGGCUGCUGGACUUGCACACAUGACGAGUGCGGUUCGGUUGUGCGCGGAGCUGGAGGCCGGGCAUGAUCUCGAGUCACUUGGCGCGGCCGACUGGCAGGUGGUGUGGCACGCGCUGGGAGCACUCGCUGUUGCGGGUGGGUAUGCCGAGACGUUCCGGGCCGGGGCGCGGAUCUCGUCACCGAUCUCGCACUUUUCGGGUACCAUCCUCACGAUGUCCCAGAGCGUGGACAAGCUCGCGAUUGUUCGUGAUGACGACGACGACGUGGUUGUGGUCAAUGUCAACGAGCUCGAGCCGAUCGACGACGUGGGGGUGAGCGUGCCAGACGAUGUGCCUGGCGUAGAUGUCAGGAGCCUCAUUCGUGACUUGCUUGCCGUGGUCACCGUGAACGCCGGAAGCACCGAGUCGGCGCUUCUUGCUGAGCUCCGCGGGCGGGCAAUGCGGUUGGUGCUUGCGCUUCUUCCGGCGGAAGGGGCAGCGGAAGAGCUUGCACAGGUUGCGGGCGUUCAGCUCCUGGCCUCGCUCGCGCUCGAAGAGGCGGCCACGGUGCCGUCGAUCACCGAGCUCGAGUUCAAGGUCAACCAACUCAUCAACGAGGCCACGCGGAGGAUCCGAGAGGAACCAAAGAUUAUGGUCGAGCUGCUGACGAGCGGCGAAUCGGCGAAGAAGACUGGUAGCGAGGCCGGUGGUAGUGGACCUGUGGCUGCCGGCGGUAGCGGCGGGUUCUCGUUUGGUGCUGCGCCUGCUGCGUCGGCCGAGGCGGGGAGUGGGUUCUCGUUUGGUGCUGCGCCUGAGAUGUCGGCUGAGGCGGGGAGUGGGUUCUCGUUUGGUGCUGCGCCUGCUGCGCCGGCUGAGGGCAGCGGCGGGUUCUCGUUUGGUGCUGCGCCUGCUGCGCCGGCUGAGGCGGGGAGUGAGUUCUCGUUUGGUGCUGCGCAUGAGACGUCGGCUGAGGGUAGCGGCGGAUUCUCGUUUGGUGCUGCGCAUGAGACGUCGGCUGAGGGUAGCGGCGGGUUCUCGUUUGGUGCUGCGCCUGCUGCGCCGGCUGAGGGCAGCGGCGGGUUCUCGUUUGGUGCUGCGCAUGAGACGUCGGCUGAGGGCAGCGGCGGGUUCUCGUUUGGUGCUGCGCAUGAGACGUCGGCUGAGGGCAGCGGCGGGUUCUCGUUCGGUGCAGCAGAGACUGGAAGCCAGGCCAGCUCCGGCGCCGCCCCGAACUCUUCUCCAGCGAAAGAGAACGAGACUGCAGAGGCGGAGACUGAGGCGACUGCAAAGGCCGAAGACACACCUCUGGUGUUCGGUACACUGCGCCUCACGGCUGCCAAGCUUUCGAUCGGGUUUGUGGUCUCGUCGAUCUCGGCAUCACCGACAUGCACCAUCUCGGGCCACCUGACAUACGUUCCGCUCGACACCGAGCCGACACCGGAGCGAGUUGCUGGUGCAGUUGUUGUAUUGGACGCACUGCUCGAUUUCAAGGGGCGUGCGGCAGCCGCUAUUGAGGCUGGCGCUGUGACAAUCGUCUUUGCCACCGACGACCCUGUCGAUGACGGACUGGUGUCCAACGAGACAAGCACCGAGGCAACACAGCCGCUGGCGGCUCCGGCGGUCAUUGUCUCGUGCGCUGCAGCGACCAAACUGCGCGAGGUUUUGGAUGAGCCGUCGAGUGAGGAGCCGUCGAAGCUUGUGAAGACCAUCAUGUCGCGCAAGCUCGUCGAGGAACACGGGUUCGAGCAAGCCCAUGCCGAUCGUGCUCUGUCGGUCACAGCCACCUCGAAGAACAACGUUGAGGUCUUCGACUUUGACGCCGCGCGCGAGUGGCUUGACGAAAACGUGUCGUGGAUGCGCGAGCAAGAUGCAAUGCUCAACGAUCUGGACGCACCAGCAGCAAAGCCCUCGCGUAAGGGCAAGGAGGAAGCGCUACCUGAGCCGGCCAAGGACACUGUCGCCGACACAGCUGACGACGGGUCCGCGGAGUGUCUGGCCAAUGGUCUUGUCACCUCGCGUGAGCUGCAGCCCGGCCUGGGCGCUCUUGCUGAUGCGUGGCAGGCGAUUGGCGGCGGGCAGGGUGCUAUCGCCUCACUGCGGGCCUCGCUUGCAGAUGGAAGCUCGUUCCACUCGAGUGGCUUUAACUUUGGUGGGCCUCGACCUGCACAGCUUACCGCCGAGCUUAGUACCGAUGACGGAGCGAAGGCCGGCGUGAACCACGGAAUGUCACGAAUGACAAGCUACGUCACCGUCCUCCGCAUGACACCGCUCUCGAUUGUCCUCGCCGAGCUCGCCGCUGUGCAAAAGCAGGUCGUCGCACACUUUGCCACGCGCGCCCUGGCCGGCGCGGUGGCGUUCUGGCCGCGCUCUCUUCCGCUGUCGAAGCUGACCGAUGCCGACACGCUUGCACGGGCAAUCGCGCUCGGAAUGGCAGCACCGGACGUGCCUGCGCUGGCGGCCACGGUUUCAUCGGCCCGUCUCCGGACGGCGCUCAUCUCGACCAUGCAGCUUGGCAACGAUGUGGCGUCGGACACGGUCGACAUUCUCAGCGCGCGGUUCCACGGUCUCCUUGAUGGCGUGCUUAGUAAGGCGCCGCUCGCCACUGAGCCGCAAGUGUACGAGUCGCAACACAACUAUCGGCACGGCGAGCUCAAGGCGUUUUCGAUCCCGAUCCCGACCAAUGUCAAGACAGCGGUAAUCAUUGUCGAUCCUCGGACCUCGCUCGACUACGAUGACAACCUUGUUUUCUCGCAUGGUCCGGGCCGGACCCAGAGCAUCGGAACUGUGAGUGGAAACACGCCGCCCGCUUCUUUCUUUAUCUUCAACCAGGCAGCGCUUACGGAUUCAGAGCUGUUUGUCGAGUUUGACACAACCCGGACAGCAAGCAACCAGCCGACGCGCUACGGCUACCGGUUCACCAUUGUCCCGCUCAAGAUGGAGUCGAACGAGGCCGAGCCGGCGCCGGCCGCCGCAGCUGUCAGCUCCGCGCUCAACCUGCUAGACUUGCUCGUCGCCUCACGGCAGCCGGUCAUCGACGCCAAUAUUGUAGUCAAGCUCCUCUCCGUCCUCCCGCACGUGGACUCGAUUGAGGUCGCCGAGGAGACUUGCCGAGCGGCGGCAGCGCUCUUCCGCCAAUGGUCGUCUGUUUUCAACACGGCAGCCGCCGACGAGUCCGCCCGUGCAACACUUCCGGAGCUGAUUGACGAGCUUGAGGUUGCCUACGCCGUGCUCGCUCGCCGCAAGGCCAUCCAGUGUGUGCCGGACCGUGUGCCGUCGGCCCACGUCCAGGCGCUCCUUGAGCUUCUCAUUGUUGCGCGCCACGUCUUUCCGGCCGCUCCCGACUUUGACGCUGACGACGUCGCCGCGACUACCAUUCGCGCCGCCGCCGCCGCCGCCGCCAAAGCCGAGGCGGAGUCUAAUGACAAUGCCAAGACAGAGGCGGAAGCCGAGGAGGCUGAAGAUGUCCAGCCGCUCGCACCGCUUCGCCCUGAUCUCGAAGAUGUAAUCUCGCGCGAGGUGGCGCUCGAGAGCCGCGGCGUGCCAUCAGUCACCGACGCGCUGCUGUACAAGGUCGCGCGCCAUGGCUUCCGCAAUGUCUCGCUUGUAGACAUCGAUCGGUCGACGAUCACGCCGAGCCUCCGGAUUGCUGCCGAGAAAGAAGUUCCGGCCGCCAUUAUGCAGGCGAGUAGCGGGUUUGGCUUCUCACAGGCGGCGGCGUCGAUGCGCUGCUUCAUGGGUGACGUGUCUGUGAGCGCUGGCAAGUGGACGUUUGAGGUCUCGAUCUUCAACGGGUCUCAGCCAUUUUUGAUUGGCUGGGCUACGCAGGCGUGGGGCCGGGUGUCGGAACAGUUGCGCUCGGGCCACGCCGUUUCGGCCAUUGUGCAGACGCACUCGAUCUACGCCGAGUCGAGCAUGCCUGGCGCGGUCAACCCCGGGGUGCACUUCAACGUACCGUACAUGUCGACGGCAGUGCCGGCCAAGUUUGAGGAUAUCAAGCGUGACGAGGGCAAGGUUCCAGUCUACACUGUCCGCGUGUUCCUCGAUGCCGACGCGGGCUUGUUCUCGCUCAUGGCUCAGGGCGUGGCCGCACCACCGGCGAUGGUGACGUCCAUCCCGAUUGGCAGCGGGUUGCAUCCGAUUGUAGGCGUUCCGAACAUGACAGAGGCUGUCGUCAACUUUGGCGCGUCGCCAUGGGCCCACGAGGUGACCGACGCCAACUUUGCCGACUACCUCCCGCUCCAUGACGCACGGCUGGACGCGCCGAGCCGGCUAGACCAGUUCCAGCUGGCGUCGUCGGUGGCUACGGCGGUCGCAGCGCGGACAACAAUCGACGCCAAGCUGGUCGAAGCGGCACUUGCACGAGAGAUUUCGGACGAGCCGAACGCGCUAGCGUUUGAAGCCGUCGACGACGAGGCUGGCCAAAAGCGUUCCGGAAGUAAGCGCAGGGCAACCGGAUCCGGGUCAUCGCCGUCGCCGUCACCGUCGCUUUUUGGCCAGCCGCAGUUCAGCCAGCCGUCUACCUCGCUCUUUGGUAGCACGGCGACGUCCUCGCCAUGGGGUGGUUCGUAUGGAAGCGCUGCACACAGUUCCUCGACUUGGGGCGCCAGUACUCACGUCACUAGCUCGGGCACGCCGUUUGGUAUGUCGUUGACCUCGACCUCUGGCGACGCGCUGCUGUCGACAGACCCGAAUAGGUACUUUUUCACCAGCGAGCGCAGCAACGUCAAUCUUGUGUUUGCGGCCAAGACGGUAUCAGGAAGCGGCGAGGGCGAGCGUCCUGGCAGCAGCGAGUCACAGGUUGUGCUCUCAGAGGUGGUACUGACCAAUGUCGCCGACAUGGCACGCAGUAGCGGCAAAUCGAGUGGAUUCGGGUUUGGCGGAGGAUUUGGGUCAAGCAGCAGCAGCAGCAGUAGCAGCCAUGCACAGCAUGCAGUUGUGUCAGGCCUUGUCUUUGUCUGCCGCGAGAAGCCCAAGCUCGCGGCAUUUUCAUGGUGCGAUGGCUUUACGGCCAAGCAGUAUGCCAAGGUGGCGGAGCGGCGUGUGGCAAGCUCGGCGGCGGCGCGCGACCAUGAGCCGGUGGCCAUGUUCACAUUCGGUGGCAAGUCACGGACUACAAGCGUCAAGUUUGAGACGCCGCUUCCGGGCUCGUACGUGGUGAUCAAGUUGUUGAGCUCCAAGUCGAACGCAGGCAUGUCGCUGGCAUCUGUGGUGUUCAAGGGCUACGUGGCCGACCACCCACUGGCGGAGCCGCUGGCGGCCGGCGAGCCUGCCGAUGAGCUUGUCAGUAGUCUGCGGACGCGGCUUCUGGAGGCUGCGCUCGCACUUGACGCCAGCCAAGCCUGGUCACUUGAAGGUGACGCGGCGCUGGUGGCAUGUGCGCAGAACCAGGCGACACAUGGCGAGGCUGCUGUGGAGACGCUUGAUCCACUGACGCUCGACCUCAGCGAGACGGCGCUCAUCCGAUUCGCGCCGCUACGCGGAGUGGCAUGCGACGCGCUUGUUGCGCGGUUUGUUGUUAUCAAGUACCUCAACUCGCUUGUUUCGCCGCUGCUCAAGUUUGUGGACGUGACUGAUGUGCACGCACUCGAGACGGGCGGGCGCGCUGGAGCCGGCAUAGAGGCGGCGCGGUGGCUCGACGAGAUGGCGCUCUCGCAUGUGGUGUUCAACAUCCGCGUCCUUCUGUUUUUCAACACCAAGAUGGAAGUGUUCAGCGAGCGACUCGAGGAGGAGCGGCGCGCUGCUGCUGCGGCGUUGAACGAGAUGGACUCAAGCCGAAUGGUGGUGAGUCUCAACCGGAUUAAGGCGUCUGCAGCCGAGAGUGCUGCUGCGCCGGCCGCGGCAGGAAGCUCAACCGGUGCUCCUACCAUUUUCGGCCAGCUGUAUGCGGGACUGCGGGCAGGGCCGUAUGCGCGGCGCUUUGCCACCGCCAAGGCCGACCAGCAGAUGUUCAAGGCCGACUUUCUGGGCGAGGGCUCGAUUGACGCCGGCGGACCGUAUCGCGAGGCACUGACAACCGCAGUGGCAGACCUCAUGUCCGAGGUGACGCCGCUUUUCCGUCUCUCGCCGAACGGACGGACGGACGUUGGACUCAACCGUGACAAGUGGGUGCCGAACCCGGGAGCCAAGUCGUCGAGCGCGCUGGGGAUGUACGAAUUUGUGGGCGCACUCAUGGGACUGGCGAUCCGUACCAAGUUCUACAUGCCGUUUGCGCUUCCGUCGCUGGUGUGGAAGGCACUACUCGGGGAGAAGCUUGUGCUCGGCGACCUCGACGCAAUUGACAAGCUCACGGUGCAGGCCAUGGAACAGAUUGCAGCAUUCUCUCGCGAUGACUUUGGUGUUGUUGUCGACGAAGUUUUCACCACUCUUGACUCGGCCGGCAACGUGAUUGAGCUCGAGGAGGGUGGCACGUCACGAGUUGUGACGUACGAGGACCGAACCGAGUUCACGCAGGCGGUGCUUGCGGCGCGGCUGCACGAAGCCGACGACCAGACGCGGGCGAUGCGGCGUGGACUCAACUCGGUCAUCCCGGCGCGGCUGCUGGCGCUGUUCUCGUGGCAGGACCUGGAGCUGCUGGUGUGUGGUCGGGUCGAUAUCUCGAUCGAGACCCUCCGGGCUCACACGGUGUACCGCGGGGGCUACUCUGCAUCGCAUCCGGUCAUUGCCACGUUCUGGAAGGUACUGGAGUCGUUCUCGAUGGACGAGCGGGCGCUGUUCCUCAAGUUUGUGUGGGGACGGACACGUCUCCCGUUGCAGGACUCGUGGGUCCAGCAGUUUACCAUCGAGGAGCUCCGCGUCCGCAAGGACGGCAAGGUCGACGACAUUCUGCCAGAAGCGCACACGUGCUUCUUUAUGCUCUCACUCCCGGCACAGACCAACUACGACGUGAUGCGAGCCAAGCUGCUGUAUGCAGUUGAGAACUGUCGGGCAGUCGACACCGACUUUUCGGUGAGCACGUCGGCCAUGGGUGCGUGGCUCGAUUAA